AUGUCUAGUUCAGAAACUGUUAAGCAAUAUUUUACUCGUGUUACAGACCUUGUCAAUAAGAUGAGAGUCUAUGGAGAAGAUAUACCCGAUAGCAAAGUGGAGGAGAAAAUUCUUCGCACCAUGCCGAUGAAGUAUGACCAUGUGGUGACUACAAUACUAGAGUCCCACGAUAUGAAUACCAUGACGAUUGCAGAGUUGCAAGGAACCAUGGAAAGCCACAUCAGUAGAAUACUAGAAAAAUCAGAAAAGUCAACCGAGGAAGCCUUGAAAAGUCGAGUGAAUUUAAACAAUGUUGCAGCAUCAAGUCAUACAAAAGAAGGACGAGGUCGUGGUUUUAAUUUUCAAAGUAGAGGCAGAGGAAGUUUCAGAGGUAGAGGUCGUGGCAAUUACAACCAAGGAAGUUACAAUAAUUUUACACCACCUAAUCAAGAAAGAGGUGGAACGAAUUUCAGGCCUGUCAACCGAGGAAGAGGUCGAGGCAAUUUUUAUCAAGAAAGAACCAAUUUCAAUUGCUUUCAUUGUGGAAAGUAUGGACACAAAGCAGCAGAUUGUAGAUUCAAAAUGGUAAAUAAUAAUCAAGCACACGUUGCAGAAAAUCAGCAUCAAAAUACUGAUGACAAUCUGGGUACUCAGACUUUAUUUUUUACAAGUAAUUCAUGUGCUGAAGAUGAAAAUAUAUGGUACUUGGAUAAUGCUUGCAGUAAUCAUAUGUCUGGUAGAAAGGAGUUAUUUUCUUCAUUAGAUGAUUCAGUUAAACUAUUAUUGAAGUUUGGUAAUAGUACAAAGAUCCCUAUUGAAGGAAAAGGGAACAUACCAAUUAGAUUGAAAUUAAAGAUGGUUCUCUGA